GGCCCGGCCGCCGCGGCCACCUUCCCUGCCGGAGCUGCAGAUGUGGCGGAGCGGCCGGGCGCCGGGCGGCCGUGCCAGGGGAGCCCGCGCCCCGUGAGCCUCGCGCCCCGGCCCCCGCCCGCCCGGCCCCCUCCCCCGCUCGCUCCCCCGCCGCCCCCCGACCGCCGGAGCCCGCAGCUGGGAGCCCCACCGCCCCCGCCGCCGAGGUUCCUGCCUGAAUAUCAGCUUGGGAACCCCUCACUGUCUGCUGCCACCCCAACCCCCAGCCCCCAUCACCAUGCACUCCUUGGACGAGCCACUCGACCUGAAGCUGAGCAUCACUAAGCUCCGAGCGGCGAGAGAGAAGCGGGAGAGGACGCUGAGUGCAGUCCGGCACCGAGCUCUGCACAGGGAGCUUGGCCUGGUGGAUGACAGCCCCACCCCGGGCUCCCCAGGCUCCCCACCCUCAGGCUUCCUGCUGAACCCCAAGUUCCCCGAGAAGGUAGAGGGACGCUUUUCGGCGGCCCCCCUGGUGGACCUCAGCUUGUCGCCGCCGUCUGGGCUGGACUCCCCCAAUGGCAGCAGCUCGCUGUCUCCUGAGCGCCAGGGCAAUGGGGACCUGCCUGCAGUGCCCACUGGCCCGGACCUACAGCCACUGCGCUACCUGGACAGCGUCCCCAGCUCCUUCCAGUUCUUCCUGCCCCUGGGCUCCGGGGGAGCCCUGCACCUGCCGGCUUCCUCCUUCCUCACCCCCACCAAGGACAAGUGCCUCUCGCCAGAGCUGCCCCUGCCCAAGCAGCUGGUGUGUCGCUGGGCCAAGUGUAACCAGCCCUUCGAGCUCCUACAAGACCUGGUGGACCACGUCAACGACUACCAUGUCAAGCCCGAGAAGGACGCGGGCUACUGCUGCCACUGGGAGGGCUGUGCCCGCCACGGCCGUGGCUUCAAUGCCAGGUACAAGAUGCUCAUCCACAUCCGCACGCACACCAAUGAGAAGCCGCACCGCUGCCCCACCUGCAGCAAGAGCUUCUCCCGCCUGGAGAACCUGAAGAUCCACAACCGGUCGCACACAGGCGAGAAGCCCUACGUGUGCCCCUACGAGGGCUGCAACAAGCGCUACUCCAACUCCAGCGAUCGCUUCAAGCACACACGCACCCACUACGUGGACAAGCCCUACUACUGCAAGAUGCCCGGCUGCCACAAGCGCUACACGGACCCCAGCUCACUGCGCAAGCACAUCAAGGCCCACGGUCACUUCGUGUCGCACGAGCAGCAAGAGCUCCUGCAACUUCGCCCGGCCCCCAAACCACCGCUGCCCUCCCCCGACGGCAGUCCCUACGUCAGCGGGGCCCAGAUCAUCAUCCCCAACCCGGCUGCCCUUUUCGGAGGCCCUGGCCUGCCCGGCCUGCCUCUGCCCCUGGGCCCUGGCCCCCUUGACCUCAGCGCCCUGGCCUGUGGCAACGGCGGGGGCGGCGGGGGUGCAGGGGGCAUGGGCCCUGGGCUGCCUGGCCCCGUCCUGCCCCUCAAUCUGGCCAAGAACCCGCUGCUGCCCUCGCCCUUCGGGGCUGGCGGACUGGGCCUGCCCGUGGUCUCCCUCCUCGCUGGCUCCGCUGGCGGCAAGGCCGAGGGGGAGAAAGGGCGUGGGGUGGUGCCGGCCAGGGCCCUGGGCACGGAGGGCCGCAAGACCCCGCUGGAGAGGACUGAGAGCAGCCGCUCCCGGCCAAGUCCCGAUGGCCUCCCCCUGCUGCCGGGCACUGUGCUGGACCUGUCCACAGGCGUCAACUCGGCGGCCAGCAGCCCAGAGGCGCUCGCUCCCGGCUGGGUGGUCAUCCCGCCAGGCUCUGUGCUGCUCAAACCGGCUGUGGUGAACUGAACCCGCUCAGUGGACGCCAACCACCUGCAGCCCAGCUGGCGGCUCCCAGCCCUGCCCUCACCCUGACGAACGGAAACUCUUCUGCGAAAUAGCAAUAAUGUCCUCCUGCCCCUGGGGCUCGGUUGGCUGUGUCCCCUGGGCAGACCCAGCCAAAUAAGCUGGGCAGCAAGGAUGGUGCUAGAAGGGCGUUGCUGGCACCUCAGGCUCCCAAGGGAGGAAGCGGGUCUGCCGGCCAGGGAGAGCUAUGCUCCUGGGUGCUGAGGCCUGCUCACUUCCGGCCCUCUGCCGCCCCAUCCUCAUCCUAGCCCUUAGUUCCCUUGGCCCUGCACUCUGGUGCCUCCCUCAUCCAGUGGCCAAUUGGGCAGGUCACCCUCGCUCCCUUGUCCACCCGCCAGCCCUGUUCCAGCAGUAGGGGUGGUGGGGUGGCAUCUGCCCUCCUGACUAGUGCCAGGCUCCCUCCCUACCCCCUUCGAUGGUGAGCUAUGAGGAGUCCCCUGGGAUUGGGGUCCCACCCUGUCCUGCGUAGCCUCACUGGGCCCCUGCUUGGGGGCUCCUGACCCCUUUCCCUCUGGUCCACCCUCCAGAGGGAAAGCAAGACAGACGCAGGCCCCAGCAAAGCCACAGGAAGAAGCCACCUUACCCUAUGACAAGGCGCCUCCCGGCUUGGAGAGGGAGGCCCGCUCUGCCAGCUGCCCCUCAUCACCCGCCACGUGCAUGCAGCAGCCAGCACGCUGCCCGAGGGUCGGUCCCUCCUCUGGGUUGGCUGACACUCCAGCUUGAGGGGCUGGCUGACUACUUAUCUGCCCCUUCACCACUGGGCCUCCCUCAGCUUUCAGGGAGCCCUGAGCAGGGAGAGGUGCCAGGACCUGGGGCCAGCCCAGCUCAGGGAACAGGUGGGGCUGGGCCUGGCCUGGCCUGGGGCACUGCCGCCCUGCACAAGGGGCUGUGGAGGCCUGCAGGGUGUUAGGAGGGAAAGCUGGCUAGGGACAACCCCAGGCUGGGAUACGGCUCCUGUUCUGGGGGCACCAACUCACAGCCAGCACAGGUGAGGGAGGCUCCAGGCCAGUGCUGGGCACCGGGGCUUUCAGAGGCCAUGGAUAGAAGGACCUGGGCUUGAGGGGGAAGGGGAAGCCAGAGGAAAGCGCCUGGACUUACGACCCGGCUGCUUCCUUUGGCUUUUCUGAGCUGAGCCCCUGCCCUCAGUGUCCCCAAUCUGCUCCCCCAUGGUGGGAGCCAGAAUAAGCUAAGGAUGCUGGGGCUCCACGUGCCCCAGAGCCCACACUGCUGCCCGAGCCCAGGGAGCUGGGUUCUCUCACAGGCCCUGGUGGUGCAGCAUGUGUCUCGUUCUCCACCCUGAGCCCUCAUUGUAGGGGGCCUGGUUUGGUCUGGGAGGCGCUGGCCCAGCAGUCAGGAGCUCUGGCUUCUAGGCCUGCCCUACCCUUGGCCGUAGUGACCAAGCCCCCCACGUCCCCAGCUGCAGAACAAGGGAGCUGCGGGACUUCAGAGGGCUCCUUAGCAGCCCUGCAGUUCCAGGUCCCCCUGCCAUUCCUCUGAGCAGCUCUGCCGACCCCACCCUUUCCUAGACUGCCCUUCUGUCCCAGAGGGGUCACUGACCCUGCCCGCUGACAGGGCCUGGCAGCACUGGCUCUGCCCCUUGAAGGGGCUGGGAGCAAAGCAGGAGGGAGCUGGUCUCCUUCCCUCACGCCCCACCAAGACCCAGGACCCCACCCCCACUAAAGGCCCCAGGCCUUAAGUCCCUGUUGGGGUGAGGGGUUUGGGACUCAAGCCCCGGGAGCAGAGGAACAGGGCACUGGAAGGUGAUGUUAGCUCAGCAUGUGACCCGGUGAUAGACCAGGCCCAAAGGGGCCGGUAUACGUGUCGUUGUUGUCAGUUUGUUGUUGCACAUUCCAGGAUAUCAGUAUUCUAACAGGUUCUAAGUGCCUUUCUAUCGUAGCUUAUGUUUUUCCUCCUCUUGGCUCCAUUGCUGUUAGCAUAGAGUUUUAAAAAAAAAAAAAAGAGAUAAGCUAAUGACUAUAACAAUAUAUCCCUCCAUGUGAGAGGAAGUUUAUAAAGAAACAAUAAAAGUGAGUUACAAA